GCAUGCGCAUCAGUUCGCUUGUCGUUUGGCGACGUGUACCCGGUGAGUGGAAGUACUAAGGACUCUUAACUCGCUGGGUAACAAGCGGCCUUAAACCAAACUAAAAAGGCCUUAAAAGAGCAAAAGUAUGGGUGGUUCGCAGAGUGUGGAGAUACCGGGAGGAGGCUCCGAGGGAUACCACGUCCUCCGGGUUCAAGAGAAUUCGCCUGGGCACCGGGCAGGGCUGGAGCCUUUCUUUGACUUCAUCGUCUCCAUCAACAACACCAGACUGAACAAGGACAACGACACGUUAAAGGACUUGUUGAAAGCCCAUGUCGAGAAACCAGUGAAGAUGCUAGUUUACUCCUCAAAGACUCUGGAGCUGCGGGAGGCCACGGUGACCCCCAGCAACCUGUGGGGGGGUCAGGGCUUGCUCGGUGUCUCCAUUCGCUUCUGCAGCUUUGAGGGAGCCAAUGAGAACGUGUGGCAUGUCCUGGAAGUGGAGCCUAAUUCCCCAGCAGCCCUUGCUGGCUUGCGGCCACACACUGACUAUAUAAUUGGAGCCGAUACUGUUAUGAAUGAGUCCGAGGACCUCUUUUCUCUAAUAGAGAGCCACGAGGGGAAGGGCCUGAAACUGUAUGUGUACAACACAGACACUGACAACUGCAGAGAGGUUGUUAUUACACCUAACACUGCCUGGGGAGGAGAGGGCAGCCUUGGCUGUGGGAUCGGCUAUGGAUACCUCCACAGGAUUCCCACCCGGCCGUUUGAGGAGGGGAAGAAGAUCAGUUUCCCUGGAACUUCUUCCAGUGAGCCUGUCAGUCCACUGAAAGACGGAUUUACUGAGGUGCAACUUUCAGCAGUCACCCCUUCUCCUGCUGCACCUGCAGUUCCCUCUGGCCUUGAAGGGUCACUGUCUGCCCUGUCAAUCAGCUCCUCAGCCCCACCCACCAUGCCCAGCGAGCUGCAGACAGGUUUGCCUACAGUCCCUCUUCUGCCCACCUCCACUAACCCCUCACUCACCCCUCUGCCUCCGCUGAAUCCUGCCACUGCCGGCUUGAACCCAGCCACCACGCUACCAGGUCUGAUACCCCUCCCAGGUAGCUUAACAGCGCUCCCUAACCUUCCCAACCUGCCAGUCCUAGAUCUCAGUGGUGUGUCACUAGCAGGCGGCAGCACCUUACAGCCACCAGCAGGGAUGACAGUCCCAUCUCUGGCUCCACUCCCACCCCUGAACCUUUCAAACCUGGCCACGUUGCCUCCUCUGCCCACCAUGCUGCCCUCCCAGCUGCCUCCUGUCCUCUCUCAGGGUUUGACUCCCAUGUUGCCAACUUCCACUGCCGCCCCUCCAGCUUCAGUUACUGUCACAGCAGCACACAUGAUUAAUCCAGCCACCGAAGCCACAGCCCCCACAGAGGCAGGAUCCACGAGCACCACGGAAUCUCCAGCACCUACGGAAACAACACUAACGUCGUCAUAACGUGGGAAAUAUGACUCCACUUCCCGUCAAACUUAAACACACCUGGUUUGGCUUAUCCUUCCAUCUGUCAUUCUCCGUGUUUUCUAUUUAUUUGGCUAAGAGUGAACAGACGCAUCAGUUCAGACACAGAGGUCAGCAUGCUCACGGGCAAGGAAGCUUGUGUGGAUGCAGAGAACGGAAAGCGCCUGUAGACUGGUCUGACUGCUGUGUCUGUAUUCCCUGAUGGCCAUAACGCAGAGGAACUGUUAGCACUGCAGCUUGCCUAAGCUACUGCUUGCGGAAGAUGAAGUCUACUCAUUCAUUUGUAGUUUACUUUUCACUUCUGCAGUUAGACAAGGCAAAGACCUCUGAGAUUUCCGCCUUUCUUGUAUGGAAAACCUCUCUGUUUAAGUUUUAUAUAACAAUUUAUGUUAAUGGAUCUGGAUGAUAAACAGUUUAUUGAAUUGCCAACAUAAUAAAGAUAAAAACCGGGAUUACAGCUGGAAGUAAGAUGUUAAAUGAAUUAGUCCAGUCCAGAAUGGAACUCACCAUACUGGAAGAAAUCAGACCAUAAACCCAAGAAAAGAAAUGUUUGUGCUGCUGAAUAAACAAGUAAACAAAUCCUGAGUGUGAUCAACCAACAAUUUCCUGUAUCUUUUUUUUCUUAUUAGUUAAUAGAACCACCAGUCAGUAGAUUAAUUUGAGUCAUAUGUAUUCAUUUUUUGUUGCUGUAUGUCUCCACCCAAUGAAUGAAUCUGCAUUAUUUUGCACCACCUUUGUGUUUUAAAAUUUAUUCCCCUUGUGUGUCUCCUUGUAUAUCCAAAAUCUGUACUUCAUACCAUCUCAACAACACCGAGAACAGUGAGAGCCCGAAGGCCGUGCCAGAGGAUACAGAGGUUUACAGAAACACGAGCUACUGAGUAGAGUGUGCACUUGCUGCUGGAUACAUUAAACUUGUGAGAGGUUUUUAAUGCAGAGCAUAUCUCCUGGCAUGGUCUGAGUGGAGUGGCAGAGCUGCAGUAUGGCCACAAGGUGUCACUGUAACAGAACUUUCUGAGAAUAUCUGCAGUAUGUACAGGGCACGCAAUAAAGCCAAAUUAAUUUUAA